AUGGGUAAGGGAAAGCCUAGGGGAUUGAACGCCGCCCGCAAGCUCGCGACCACCCGUCGUGAGAAUCGCUGGGCCGAUCUUCACUACAAGAAGCGUCUCCUCGGUACCGCCUACAAGUCCUCUCCGUUCGGUGGUGCUUCCCACGCCAAGGGUAUCGUCCUCGAGAAGGUCGGUGUUGAGGCCAAGCAGCCCAACUCCGCCAUCCGAAAGUGUGUCAAGGUCCAGCUCAUCAAGAACGGCAAGAAGGUCACUGCUUUCGUCCCCAACGACGGUUGCUUGAACUUCAUCGAUGAGAACGACGAAGUCCUCCUCGCCGGUUUCGGUCGUAAGGGCAAGGCCAAGGGUGAUAUUCCUGGUGUCCGUUUCAAGGUCGUCAAGGUUUCUGGUGUCGGUCUGAUGGCUCUAUGGAAGGAGAAGAAGGAGAAGCCCCGUUCGUAA